CAAAAGCUGCUUUCUUGCUUUCUCGUGUUUUCGUUGUCUGCUGUUUCCCACCUUGCGCAAAAAGUUUUCAAGUAGAGGCCUUAUUUUGCGAUGGAAAAUAGUUCAAAAUAUACUGUUUACCAAUUAGAUCAUAGCCAAAUUCAGCAGAUUCUUUAUGUAAGUGGAAAAAAGAAAAGAAAAUGGAAUAGUAAAAGUGGUGGGGCUGGAUUGUCUCGCGACUACUCCCGUGCAUUGAAACGUCAGGCAACUGACAUUCUCCUAAAGUGGAAAAAAAAUGGUGUUCCACCUGAAGAAUGGAACAAACUAAAUGAUUCUUCGAGUAAUGUUGCAGCAGUCUUCAGUCUGGUGCAGAAAACUUGUGACGUUUCUGCCGAAGUUUUCAUUGGCCGAUCAGAGAUAUCUAGUAAUUUUGUAGCAAAUGACCAAGCAUCGUCAACCACAGUGAAUCAAUGUACAUCAGCCACUUAUUUAGAUGAAAGGGCCGACUGGGACUAUAUGCAUCAGCAAAUGGUUAAUCCGGAAGAGAGCAUAAUUGGAAAUGAAUCACUGACUAGUGAAGAAGACGAUAGUAGUAGCAUGGAUGGCGAGCAAGUUGGAGACGACGAAAGUCCUAUUCUGUUGCUAUUACCUCAUACUAUUCCUAUGAAAAUGCUUUCAUUUAAAAGACUGCUACAAUAUCACGCAGUGUACACAACCCAAAAGAAAAGCCAUGUUACUUACUUUUUGCGGCUGCGACAUCACUAUCGACCAGCUAUAGAUUACGACACUCUUCCUACUACCGGAGAGCAGUUACUGAGAGUAGAAAGCAGUAAAGCUUUCAUAGAAAGGGUAGUUUUGCCCAACAUUGUAGAAGAUGAAGAGGCGGAAAUCACUGUUGAUUCUUACAGAAUCUAUAAUGGCUCACCAUCUCCGGAAGUUGCUGCCAGACCUGGAGAAGCUGCUGCUGGACCUUGUGCGGUUUCUGCUAUACCUAAUACAGCUACUGCUGGACCUGAUGCGUUUGCUGCUAGACCUGAUGUUCCUGCUGCUAUGUCUGAUAGGUCUGCUGCUAGGUCUGUUGAACCUGCUGCUAGGUCUGAUGCGUCGGCUGGUGUACCUGAUGAAGGGAUUGAUUUUAGACGUGAAAGGAGGCCAGUGCGCAAGCUGUCACCGGUUAUCUACCAUUUGGACGAUAAAGGGGAAGCCAAAUAUGUUCAUUUUGGUUUGGAAAAUGGAAUUACAAGGGAUUCGCCGGGUGUGUUUUUCAAGCAUGCUGAACUCAUUCAGUAUGCUAGUAUCUACAAAAAACAUCAAGACAUUCUUCCUCCCUCAAUUACCAAAAAGAUCAAUCGAUUUGAUGAAAACGAGCAAAUUUUGCAUGUCAAACGGUUGCUUCGCGCUGACGGCCAUAAUGCAGGCAUCAGCAGUUCAGCACAGCCAGCCUCGACCACCCCUAAAAAACUACCGCACUUCACCAUUGAUUUAAAUGCUGACGGUGUUCAACUAUUUCAGAGUUCCGAAAAGAACAAAUGCAUCCCCAUAAUGAUGGUAGUUCAUUCGGUAAAAGAGCAGCUUUUUCCGACGCUCCUCCUAUAAUAUUGAAAACACAAUUCCCCGUAAUAAUAGGUAUUGCUCAUGGUCGCGGGAAACCAUGCGUAAACAGAUUCUUAAAUCCUCUAAUGAAAGAGCUUCAGAGGCUUGACCCAGACAACGGCAAUCCUGCUAUUGUAUCCGUUAGAGAAUUCACCGUUUCGAUUAGAUGCGUAGUAUUCUAUGCUUUUGAUGGGCGGUUUCAAUCCUAAACCCGUAUCAUCCGCAGAUAUUGUUGAAAGCAAGUAAGUUUUACGAUUGUACGUGCAGCAGUUGAAAGAUUUAAAGUACCCAAUUAGGCCAACCACUCACGCUAUUAUUCAUCUACCUGAAGAUGCUCAUAAUUUUCAAUGCGGUGUAGAAACUUUAAGCGCAUUUGUUUUUGAAUAUUUUCUCCGUUUUUUUUUCGGAAUGUUUUACGGUCGGGAAACAGGCCACUUGAACAAAUUAUGAAUCGAUUGAUGGAAAGACACAAGUAUUUGUUGCCAACAACUGCCGAUGGAGAAAUUAUGGGUAGCUUUGAGAGACUGAAAGUUGAACUUGCCUUUCAUGAUGUACGCAACUCAAAUAAAAAAAUUGUGAUCACUAAUAAUAUUUUUAUAAUAACAUAUGAUUAUGCGUUUUUAUUUGAAUGUUUUCAUACGUGCUUGUUUGGUGUAAUCAUUACAAUGACGGGUGAAAGAG